AUGAAGACAUACACCAUGUACACAGAUCAACAAUCAUGGAAUGCAGCUAAUAUGAUAUGCUCCUUACGUGGUGGAUAUUUGGUGAAAAUUGAGAGCAGUUCGGAAAACUCAUUUUUGUUGGAUCGACUAGAUAAUACAUGGGUUAACGGCGGUGACUCGUUUUACAUUGGUUUACAUAAUGCUGCCCUGAAGGAAAACACAGCUGAAUAUUUUUGGACAGAUUGUACACCAAUAGGAAAUUAUGAUGAUUUGGAUUCAAAUUCAGAGGAAUAUAUUUUGUAUUGUGUCAUUCUGUAUAAAGGAUCAAAAUUUAGUAAUCCUGCUUGGAGAGUAAAAGAUUGUACUGAUGUGAAUUCAUUUGUUUGUGAAACCGACGGAGGUCUGUGUGAUUAUAUUAUUUUCAACAACACUAUUGGAAUACAGGGUAUUAGUUUUAAUGCAGCUGUGAUGGGACAAAAUGAUUGUUUGCGCCUGUGUGAUGAGGCUAUACUGAAUGGAAUGGAAUGUUGGGGAGUUACAUACUAUAUUUACACUGAAACAUGUAUUCUACAUUUAUCGAAUGAUUCUACAAUCUUUGAUAAUGGUGGUAAAACAUCAAAUACUGGUUCCAUUUUUUUGAAGAAACAAUGCUUGAAAGUGGACGUAGAUAAUACAGUAUAUCCAUCUAUCUCGCCUACUAAUAUACCAUAUACUAACUGUUUUAGUACACCAUCUACGGGGUCUAUUUAUACCAUUAUUGAGAGAGCAGUUACAUGGCAAGAAGCGAAAGACGUUUGUUCGCACAUUGGAGCAUCGCUUUUAGAAUAUAGAAGCACUGAAGAGUUUACAGAUGUUCUGAAAAUAGCCACCCCUUCACUAGGUGGAAUUUCAUCAUUCUGGAUCGGAUUGAAGAGAUAUACAAAUUUGACAUUUCUAUGGCAAGAUGGGACCGAUAUUGCUACCUGGGACAAAUGGGAAAGCUUACCGUCUAAUACACACGGGACAUGUGUUCGAGCCUCAACAACUUUACUAUGGUUAGAAGAUAACUGUACCAAUAGCCAUUCAUUUAUUUGUGAACAACCAGGUGUUUGUGGUUAUGAGGUGGUUUAUAAAACUAAAGGGAACGAUGGCUCCCUACAUUUUUUAAAAAGUCAUCUCCAGUGCAUUGGAAUUUGUGACAGUGAUAAGUCCUGUAUAGCUUAUAACUACAUCAAUAUAGUAGCUCCUUGUAUAACCUAUCACCAGUCGGAUAUUUAUUACUAUUUCGACAACUCAAAUUACCAAACAGAUAAUUCUUAUGAUUUGUAUAGAUACAGUUGUUCACAUGAUAAAACUGUUCUUCUGGACGUGAUACAGAGAGUGUUGAUUUAA